CGGCGGCGGCGGCGGCGGAGCGGUGCCGGUGCCCUUACCCGUACCCGUACCCCGGUGUCCCGGUGGCGGCGGGGCGACAUGCCGGGGGGGGCGGCGCGGCGGCGGCGGCGGCGCUGAGGCCGGCCGGUGGCGGAGCGGCGAUGCGGCUGCUCGGAGCCUUCCUGCGGCUGCUGCUGGCCGGGGCGCUGGGGGCGCCGCCCGCCCCGGCCCCGGAGGCGCGGGGGACAGCCAGCGCGGAGGCGCCCGUCCUGACCUUUAAGGAGAUCUGGAAUCGCAGUUUCUGCCGGCCACUGGAGCAGCUGGUGGAUGUCAUUGCCGAGUUCCCCAACGAGGUGGAGUACAUCUUCAGACCCUCCUGCGUCGCCCUGCAGCGCUGCGGGGGGUGCUGCGGGGAUGAGGGGCUCCGCUGUGUCCCCGUGGAGACCAGCACGGUCACCAUGCAGCUCCUGAAGAUAAAGCCCAACGGGGAGGCACCCUACGUGGAGAUGUCGUUCACCGAGCACAAGAAGUGUGAGUGCAGGCCGCGGCAGGACCUGGUGAGGCUGGGGAGGAGGAGACCCAAGGGCCGAGGUAAGAGAAGAGGAGACAAGAAGAGACGUAAAGACUGUGAGCUAUGUGGCAUGCCGCGCAGGUAGCCUCCGCUCUGCCCCCGGCCUCGCUCCUGCCUCCGGGGCCUGAUCCAGUCUCAUUCCUGCCCGGCGCGGGGGACGUGCGGAGCUGAGUGACGGUGGCUGGGGAGCAACUGUGCCGGGGAGCAGGUCCGCAGCGGGAAGGAGCCGACGGGACUCUUGCUUGGCCCUGGAGCCAAGGACUCCCUCGCCCUGUCUGCACCGGUUGCAGCAGGACUAAAGGACCCUUGAAGGAGGAUGAGGAGCUGGAGCCGCACUUCAGUGCUGAAGGGCGUCCUGGGGGCCACGAGGAACGGAGCUGGUGGAUGUGCUGCUGGGGGUGGCAUGGGGUGGGGGCAAGCAGGGCUGCAGCCACGGAACUGCUCUGUCCUGCCGGGCAGGGGGGAGGAGGGACAGCCGGGACAGGCAGGGCUGCAUCGCUCCCAGCUUGGCACGGAGCAGCUCAGGAGGGUGCCAGGGUGGGUGGGGAGCUUGCCUGGGGAGGCCUCCUGGUGGGCACGGGGAGGGAGCUGGGGUGCUGUGGCCCUUCACGUACUCAUAUCCUCAUCAUAGCCUCCCCCUUCUCAAUAAAAGCUGGGGGCAGACCCAGGAGCUGGCCGGGUGAGUGCUCCUCUCCUUUCCAGCAGCUGCAGGGCGCUUCCCCAGGGGUACCCGGGCUGUGGUGGUCCCCGCACUGCUCCUGCAGCGCCCCGUCCCAUCCAUGGUGUGAUGCUGGAGGUGGGUGACCUGGGGUCCUGGGACCCACUCUGGGGAGGGAGCUGCCCCGCUUCUUCACGCUGGUGUGUGUGGCUGGAACCUCCCUCUGCUCCCCAGCCCCUUCCUGCUCUAACCCCAGCCCGUCUGCCUUGCUGAGGGCUGAUGCAAGGGGAGCAGGCUGCCCGUGGGCUUUCCCACCCAAGAAAUGCCCCACUAAAGGUUAUCCAGCUGGCACGGGGGCACCACUUGUUGUUGGCAGUGUCCUGGGGCAUGCAGGGGGGCUGCUGUCCCUCCCUGGGGUGGCUGUGGGCAGGGCUGGGUGGGCUUUUUGCACAGCCCUGAGCUCCUCCCGUGGGCUGCGAUGGCCACCACAGCUCAGCCAGGUCCAGGGACAGCCCCAGCCCUUGUCCCCGCUUGCCUUAAGCAGCGCCUUGGGGACUUCUUGUUUUUCCACUCCUGCCGUGGGAGGGCUGGAUCUGGCUGCUGAAUGCACCCCCUGCUCCUCCAUCCCCUCCUGCAGUGCACAGAUCCAAAGGACAAGUUGGGGCACCAGCACCCCCCUGGGACGCCCAUGGCACCGGUGCCCCCAGGGCUGGUCCUGCACCCAGCGCCACCUUCUCGGAUGCGGGGCUGGCUCCUGAACUCAUCCAGCCUUUCAGUAGGUCCUAGCAAAACACAGCCAAGGUUUAUUUUUCCAGGCGUGAAGCAGAAGCCUGGGUAGGAAGAUGUGCAAAGGCUUAGCUGUUGCCAUCGGCCAGGGAGAAAUGCAGUUUGUCCCACCUGGGGUAACAGCAGGAAGAAGCUCUAACGGCUCUGGGAAGGGCCUGCUAUAGCAGGAAUUGGGGUUCAAAGCAGCUUCCCCCAGGUUUGGCACUGUCUGACACUUUGCACCGAGCUGGGGCCCUGGUCUGGGCUGGUUCGCCUCCUUUCAGCCUGUCUGGUUGUGCUUGUAGGAUAACAAGAACCGCGAGCAGCACGUGAGGGAUGGCUGUGAUGGCUUCUGCAUUUGUAACAGUAAAAGUUUCACCACGGUAGCGUUACACCUACAAUAAGAAAACUACA